CCUUAGGAGAAACUUUCUUCAAGGUGUUGAUUAUUUUUACAAUAAAAGCCUAGAUUCAAACUAAACAAUUAGAGUUUACCUUGUUUCUAAUUUCUCUAGUUACUGGUUUAAUUGUUUCCUGGAUAAUUUAAUUUCAUCGCAUAAUGAUUUUAAAAAAAGUUUUAAUUGCCGAUGCUGUGGACAAAGCUGCUGUUGACAUUUUACUCAAACGGAAUAUUCAAGUUGACAUAAAAACAAAACUGACUAAUCGAGAGCUGAUUUCAAUAAUUAGAGAUUAUGACGUUUUGAUUGUGAGAUCAGCAACUAAGGUGACAAAGGAAGUUAUUGAUGCCGGUAAAAAUUUGAGAGUCAUCGGUCGUGCUGGAGUUGGUGUCGAUAACAUUGAUGUUGACGUUGCUACACGAAAUCGUGUGCUUGUUAUCAACGCUCCUGGUGGGAAUACUAUUGCUGCUGCUGAACUAACAUGUAUUAUGAUAUUGUCUUUGGCUCGACCUGUGGUGGCUGCUUGUUCAAAACUAAAAUCUGGUGUUUGGGAUAAAGAAUCCUUCAAAGGAAACGAAGUCAUGAACAAGACUUUAGCCAUCAUUGGAUUGGGUAGAAUCGGUCGAGAAGUUGCACGUCGUAUGCAAGCUUUCAACAUGCGAACAAUUGGUUUUGAUCCUUUCGUUACUCCUGAAGUUGCUCGUUCAUUCGGUGUUGAAUAUAUGGAAUUGGAAAAAAUUUGGCCUUUAGCUGAUUACAUUACUCUCCAUGUUCCUCUGCUUGAAGCUACUCGAGGAUUAAUCAAUUCAAUUACCUUGAGCAAGUGUAAAAAAGGAGUCAGGAUUAUCAAUUGCUCACGAGGUGGCACAAUUAAUGAGAAAGCACUAUUGGAGGGAUUAAAUUCUGGACAAGUAGCAGGAGCAGCUCUUGAUGUUUAUGAAGAGGAACCAUGUAAAUUCACUGAGCUUCUGGAACAUCCUAAGGUUGUCUGUACUCCUCAUCUUGGUGCAAGUACUAGAGAGGCACAAUUCAAAGUGGCAGAAGAAAUUAGUCUUCAAAUUUUGACUUUAAUGGACGGAGACUCACUUCAUGUUCCUGGUGCUGUCAAUGCCGAUGUAAUACCUUAAGGAAUCUUUGUACUCUUGGAUAUUCUGUACUCAUUUUCAUGUGAUCAUACUCUUUUGCCGUGUCCUAUUAUUUAAAUAGUAUACACUAAUGAAAUAGUAUGCAUUACAAUCAAUAAGAACACACUUUUUCAAAAUUUUUCAUCUCUGUUUGAAAUAUGAUGCUUAUGUUUCAAGGAUGCCAGACAUUGUUUACUUUUUUUCAAGCUUUUCUAUCAAAUAUGUAGCUACAAUAACAAGUGCAAUUAAAUUCCUGUUUUCUAAUUUUCUCAA